AUGGCUAAGCCCAAGUCCAAGCCCAGAACCAAUUCCAACGCCAAAGUCAAGGUCAGAGCCCCUCCAGCCACCAAAGUAACCCCAAAAGCCACAGUCAGAAGUGCUUCGGUCGAUGAACCAGACACUUUCAACACUUCAGACGCCGUUCAGCCACGUUCCCAAGAUACACACCAGGCAGUCACUCUUCUUAACUUGCCUCUCGAACUUCUCCACGUGAUCUUCGACUAUGCGGCUGAUCGCGAUCAUCUCAAACAUCACCGCUAUACAAUUCGAAUGCGUGAGAGAGAGACAGCCUCGGCCCCGAAUUGUCGCUAUCCCUUCCACCUCAGGAUCGACACAAGAUUGAUGAUGAGCAAUAGCGUCGGCGGUCCUAUGAGGCUACAACACCUUGAAGGUCUGCUGCCGUAUCCACUGGGCCUGAGUACCAUCAAGUUGACCCUGGUGAUCCAUGAAAUCUCGAGAGACGGUUUCGACUUCUCUUUCCCUGUCGACUUGGGCGUGGAGUUGUUCAAGAGGUAUCGUACCAAGAAGCUCGACUCCGAGGGUGAAGUCAUGUCUAUGCACUUGAGUUGGCGACUGGUGUGUAUUGACCCUUUACUGACGCCAAAGUCUGGCGUGCGACGCAUAUUCGAUUGGUAUCUCCAAGAGCUGAUGGACGAAUUACAUCAGUGGGCAGCCAGCAGAGCAGUCCAUAAUUCGUGGAGCUUGGAGAGAUUUGUCUUGUGGCUUGAAAGAUGGCUGAAGACAGACAUCAGCUUCUAUAGCACCAAAGGAACGCUUUUGGGGUGUCUACAUGCCAAGACGAGAUACGACAGGGUUUUGGCUCUCGAUCACUACUACGAGGGAGCAUAUUAG